ACCCCACAAUCGCUCUGGACUACAGAGACAGAGCUCACCUGUUUGUUUUGGAAAGCUGAUCAUUUGCCAUGCAGAUCAAGGGCCAUGCCUCUAUCUUUUAGAACCAUCCCAGCCUUUCCCCUGUUCUAUAAAGCACCUUUUCUUCCUGAAGUUGCAGGGAACAAUAUGUAAGAGGAAGAGUCUAAAGGGCAACAAGGAGGCAGUCAAUAGCAAGAGAUCCCUGAAAGAGGAGAGGCUUGAAUGCUAAAAUGUCAGUGCUUUCCCCUAUCCUGACUGCUCCAGAAAUGAAGGAGUACAUGACUAAGGGUGAACGGUUCAUCAAAUGGGAUGACGAUUCCACAAAUGCUUCCCCUGUCAUUCUACGGGUAGAUCCAAAGGGAUUUUAUCUAUACUGGACCUUUCAAAGUAAGGAAAUAGAAUUUUUGGAUAUAACAAGCAUUCGAGACACUAGAGUUGGGAAAUUUGCCAAGAUUCCUAAGAGCCAGAAGCUCAGAGAGGUUUUCAACUUGGAUUUUCCAGACAAUAACUUUUUCCUCAAGACGUUGACAGUCGUUUCUGGCCCUGAUGUGGUAGACCUUACAUUUCACAAUUUUGUUUCCUAUAAAGAAAAUGUUGGCAAGGACUGGGCUGAUGAUAUCAUGGCCAUUGUUAGAAACCCGUUUACAUACAAUGCUUCCCGCUAUACGUUCCUGGAGAAAAUACUAGUGAAGCUGAAGAUGCAGCUGAAUACUGAGGGGAAAAUUCCUGUCAGAAAUAUUUUUCAAAUGUUUCCUGCAGACCGAAAAAGAGUAGAGGAAGCAUUAACUGCCUGCCAUCUUCCAAAGGGGAAGAAUGAUGGCAUCAAUCCAGAAGACUUCCCUGAGGCAGUAUACAAAACAUUCUUGAUGAAUCUGUGUCCUCGGCCAGAAAUCAAUGAGAUAUUUACCUCACACCAUUCAAAAGCCAAACCUUACAUGACCAAAGAUCAUUUGACACAGUUUAUCAACAAAAAGCAGCGUGAUUCCCACCUCAAUGACAUGCUUUUCCCCCCUGCAAAGCCAGAACAAGUGCAAUGUCUCAUUGAGAAAUAUGAGCCCAGUGGGAUGAAUGUUCAGAGAGGGCAAUUAUCUCCAGAGGGAAUGGUUUGGUUUCUGUGUGGUCCUGAAAAUAGCAUAGUAUCUCAGGACAAACUAUUGCUGUACCAGGAUAUGAAUCAACCACUCUCUCACUACUUCAUCAACUCAUCCCACAACACCUAUCUAACAGCUGGCCAGUUUUCAGGAAUUUCAUCUCCUGAAAUGUAUCGCCAAACUCUCUUGGCUGGUUGCCGCUGUGUGGAACUGGACUGCUGGAAGGGUCGUCCUCCAGAGGAGGAGCCCAUCAUCACCCAUGGAUUCACCAUGACAACUGAAAUACUCUUCAAGGAUGCAAUUGAGGCUAUUGCAGAAAGUGCUUUCAAAACAUCUCCCUAUCCAGUGAUCCUGUCCUUUGAGAACCAUGUGGACUCGCCCAAGCAGCAGGCUAAGAUGGCUGAAUACUGCAGAACCAUAUUUGGGGACAUGCUACUGACAGAACCAUUAGAAAAAUUUCCACUAAAACCAGGAGUUCCUCUGCCAAGCCCCCAGGAUCUCAUGGGGAAAAUCCUGAUUAAGAACAAGAAGAACCAAUUUAUAACUGGUGAGAAUCAGGACACUUUGAAGAAAGGGAAGGAUCCAGAGUAUGAAGUGACAGACCAGACUGCACCAACAGAGAGUGAUAGCACAGCCAGUUCAGGUGAGGUGGCAGAAGAGAUUCCUGAAGUGGAGGGAGACCUGGAAAACCUGGAUGAAGAAGAGAUUAAAAAGCUACAGUCUGAUGAGGGUACUGCAGGUCUGGAAGUGACAGCUUAUGAAGAAAUGUCCAGCUUGGUUAAUUAUAUCCAGCCCAUCAAGUUUGACUCUUUUGAAGUCUCUUCAAAGAAGAACCAAAGUUAUGUCGUUUCCUCCUUCACUGAGAUGAAGGCUUAUGAACUCUUAAGCAAGUUCCCCAUCCAGUUUGUGGACUAUAACAAAAGGCAGAUGAGUAGAAUUUAUCCCAAGGGUACCCGGAUGGACUCUUCUAACUACAUGCCUCAGAUGUUCUGGAAUGUUGGCUGCCAAAUGGUGGCCUUGAACUUCCAGACAGCAGAUGUCCCCAUGCAGCAGAACAUGGCUCUCUUUGAAUUCAAUGGACAGAGUGGCUAUCUCCUUAAACAUGACUUCAUGCGUCGCCCAGAUAAACAAUUUGAUCCUUUCUCGGUGGAUCGCAUUGAUGUGGUGGUGGCAAGCACUCUCUCGAUAACGAUCAUUUCUGGCCAGUUUCUCUCAGAACGUACUGUGAGGUCAUAUGUGGAAGUGGAGUUAUUUGGACUACCAGGUGAUCCCAAACGAAGAUACAGGACCAAGCUGACCCCAAAUGCCAACUCGAUCAAUCCUGUAUGGAAGGAGGAGGCUUUUGUAUUUGAAAAGAUUUUGAUGCCGGAGUUGGCUUCUCUCAGAAUUGUGGUUUUGGAGGAAGGAGGAAAAUUCAUUGGUCAACGCAUCAUUCCUGUUACUGCUGUACGCACUGGCUAUCACCAUGUUUGCCUUCGUAGUGAAAGCAACAUGCCACUUACGAUGCCCUCUCUCCUUGUCUAUGUGAACAUGAAAGACUAUGUUCCUGAUUCAUGGGCAGACCUCACGAUGGCACUCUCCAACCCAAUAAAAUUUUUCAAUGCACAUGACAAAAAGUCAGCAAAGAGCCAAGAGAAGCCAGAUUUGCAAAAAAGCCUUUCAACCACUCAACUCACUACAAAUGAAUUAUCUAAUGCCACAGGAACCUAUAGUAUUCCUCCUUCAAAUGGACCUGCAGGAAUGUUUCCUACAGGGAAAGAAGAAGUCUUGAAAGAAGCCACGAAAGUAACUACAGAGCCACAGACAGCAAGCAUUGAGGAGCUACAGCAGAUCAAGGCUUUUGGGAAACUACUGAAGAAGCAAGAGAAGGAACUGAAAGAGCUGGAGCGGAAGAUGAUCAAGCGCAGAGAAGAGCUGUUGCAGAAGUAUGCUGUCCUUUUCACAGAGCUGGUUGCCCAGCCUGGCAAAAAGAAGAGUCCAGGCACUCCAAAAGCCCCCAAAAAGAAAAGUUGCAGGAGGUUACCUUUGGAUGAGAGCAGGAAUGCUGGGGAGAUAACAGAGAAUCCUGACAACAGAGUGUUGGAGCUGAAAGAGAAGCUGGAGGGAGAACUAAUUCAGCUAGGAGAAGAGCAAUAUGAUUGCAUUCGGAAGAAGAAAGAGCAGCAUGUCACCGAGCAAUUUGCUAAAAUAAUAGAACUUGCAAGAGAAAAGCAAGCAUCUGAGCUGAAGGAACUAAAAGAGUCCUGUGAAAGUGACACUAAGGAAAUGAAGAAGAAACUAGAGGCAAAGAGGUUGGACAAAAUCCAGACCAUGACUAAGAAUACCACAGACAAGGGUGCUCAGGAAAGACUAAAGAAAGAAAUCAAUAAUGCCCACAUCCAGGAAGUAGUACAGACAGUCAAACAGAUGAAUGAAAAGCAGACUAGGUAUCAGCAAAUAUUGGAAACAAAGCAAACAGCCUGUGUAGAAAAGAUCAAGGAAAAAGAAAACCAGCUGCAGCAGGAGGCCUUUGCAGAGUAUGAAGGAAAAGUGAAAUCGCUCAAUGCAGAAGUUCAAGAAUUAGUGAAGAACUGUGUGAAGGUCUGUUUCCCUCUGGAAGCUGAUAUGACAAAGGAAGAAGCUCUCAAUGCUGCCAGUGAGGUAAACCAGGAGUCAGAGGAGCCACUUCAAGGAAACAAUCUGACACCUGAAACCCUAAAGCAUGAAGUGCAGAUGGCUGAGAAUGCUAAAGAAGAGGAGGAAUCAACCGCUGUUCAGGAAAGCAGAUUGUGAGAUUCCACUUGACUCAUAUUUUCAGGAUUCUUCAUUUUUAAAUUCUCUUUCAGUCAUGGAGCUUAAUGGGAUGCCUUUUAUAAGAACUUCAUGGUCUCUGUGAAUAUCUGGAAAUUUUGAUUAGCAGGGAAGCUUCUAUUCACAUUGACUAACAGGAUCUGUAGUCCAGAUACUCAAAUGAAGUAUGACACCUGAUGAAGGCAGAACACAUAAAAGCGCACUGCUGGGUCAGAAGAACAAUGGUCCAGCUAGACCAGCAUCCUAUUUUCCACUGUGUAUACAGUUGCCCCUGUUUUCAUGAACUUGAAAUCCGUGUCCCUCAUCCAUUCACGGGCGGCAAAUGGAGAGGGACAAAAUGGGGCAUGCACUGCAAUUCAAGCCAAUGGGGCUUGAAUAUAGGUGAAUUUCCAUUUUUGUGGGGUGGUCUGAAAUGGAUUCCCUGCAAAAACGGAAGGGCAACUGUAUUUAUUUGGUGAUGGUGCCACCAAACACUUGCUUCUGGCAGGAUGUGAAAGCAACAGAAGAGGAAGCAUUUUCCUCAUCCAAAAGAAUCCCAUACAUGAAAAUGAAUCCUAGGCUUUAGCACUAUUUUAAUGACAGCAUUUCUGGAUCUGGGUCUAUAGAAGGUCUGAAAAGCUUCAUAGACCCCACUGAUGAUUUGACACUUUGCCUCCAGCUGAGAACAGAUCAAGGCCUACCAUUGAUGCAGAGGACUUUUGGUGCAAUACUUUUUUUAAGAAUAAUUAAUAGGCUAUCUGAAGAAAACUUUGCCUACCAUUGAGAUUCCAAUCCAAACUGGAGACCCCAUACCUUGCCAUUUUUAUUGCCAACAAGUGAUCCUUUGGGUUGUCAGAACCCUUUUUGGCACUAAGAAUGGCAAAUAUGGGACCUGCAUCAAGACUACAUCUUGAGCAAUGCACACAAAUAGGUUCCUGAACUAGCUCAGGACUCCUGUCCUGCUUUCCUUACUUUGGGGAAGAAGAGGUAACCCAAAUCCAUCUCAUGAGACAGCCACGGUCAGCCCUUCAGGGGCCUAGGUGUGCUCGACCCAUGUUGGAGAGACACCCCCACACAUACAGCUCAUGCUUCCAGUUAAGGAGGCAAGCUGCAGGUGGUGGAAUCCUGAUCUUAUUGCUGAUUUGAGACUAGCAGAUAAGGGUGGGAUCCCCCACCGCAUUUGUAUUCUCAGCCCUCUAAGGAUACAGAGUUUGCAGUCACCUCUGGAAAUAUGAUCAGUUUUAGUAGUCGUCCCGAAAAAGUGAGAGGACACUUUUCACACAGUGCUCGAAGAGUGGGUGGUUGUGGAUUUAUUAUGAUAUUCAGGAACAACAGCUUUGAUGGGUCAAAACAUCCUCCACUUGCAGCAUUUAAUUCACAAAUUCAGGUCUGUCACUAAAAGAACUGGCUCUUACAAAGACAUGAUGUUAUUUAU